ACAUCUUGAUUUCUAAAAACAAAUUUCAAAAGGAAAAUCAAACAUUGUGCACGUUUCUUCUUUGAUCCACCCUUCUUACACAAAUGGUAUGAUCGGAUGCAUUAUGUUUAUGAUGUAUAUAUGGAGGCCUUCUGCUAUAAUCCAUCGAUCAAGACGAUAUUGGCACGCAUCAUCGAAUGGGGUAGGUGGGAGGAGUCUCUAUCCGAGAAUGAUGAUGUUUUGAAAGCAAAUGAAGAAUUCAGAAAUGAUAAAAUGGCUACUGAUCCUGGAAACAUGUUUUAUAAACCUCACGAGCCGAAUGUAGGGAUGAUUAAAUACUUUGUCAACAUUUUCAAACAUUUGCAUUCUGAUCUCCCACAUACGCAGGUCAGCUUUACUUAUCAUGUAUUUUAAUAAAGGAAAAGCAUUAUAAAGCAUUAUUUCAAGUAGUUUUUCAGUUAAGAAUUGUUGAAUACUGUUUGCUGCUGUUCUUUGUUUGGCAACAUGUUGGCUGUUGAUGAUGGAUUUGGUUGAUUGUGAUAAGAUUAAGAAUUAGAUGACCAGAGUGAGGUUCUUACUUGAAAUGGUAGAGUAUAGAUGAAAGGUAGUGAAAGGAAUAUUUAAAGAAUGAAAUUAAAAAACCCUGAAUUUUUAGCAAGUUCUUUUAAUAAAAGAUAGGAUGGCUCUAAUGUAUUAAUUUGUGUCUUAACUUUUCUCUUUUAGAAGGUUCAAGUCUCUGAUGUUUCAAGGGGCAGAGCUGUUUCAAGGGGCGGAGCUAUUUCGAGGGGCAGAGGCAGAGCUGUUUCAAGGGGCAGAGCUGUUUCAAGGGGCAGAGCUGUUUCAAGGGGCAGAGCUGUUUCAAGUGCCCCCGCCCCAAAUCCUAUUCCUCCAAAUCCGACUUCUGUUGAUGUUUUGGAGUCAAUUAUUGAGAAGAGAUUAAAUGUAUCUGGUUAUGCUUACAUGGCAGUUAAUGAGUACCUGAAAACGCAUUCGCAGGAUGUGGCAGAGUUUUCUGAAAGGAUACUAUCCUGGCGACCGCUUGGAUUAUAAGAGAUUUACAGCAGCUUACUUUUGGAUCAAAGGAAGAUUCAAGUUGUUUCUAUGAUUGGACUUAUCCGAGAGAGUGUGCCAACUACUUUUUCAGCACUCGCUGAUGGUUGUUCAUCGUGCAGGUUAUUGUUAUAGCAUUGAUUGAUAUUAUGUUGCAGAAUGGUUGAUUUGGCCAAUCCUUUCCUUUUCUUUAGGCUUGCUUUUCUGGUGUUUUGCAUUGAAGACAGUUGACUAUAUUUUUGUGUCUGUUCUUUAGUUGUAGAGGGCUGCUUUGUGAUGAGGUGUCCUUGUGUAAAGAAGUUAAGUUUGUGAAGUGUUGUGAGAGGUAGGGUACUCUUUUUAUGAAUAAAAUUACCCCCUUUUU